AUGAAACUUCUCGCUUUGAUCGUCCUCGCCGCUGCGGCUAGCUGCGAAUUCACUUGCAUCAAACCAGUCAACCCAAUACCUGCCGGAGAUCCUGGCUUAUGCUGCAAGAUCCUGACCCAAGACAUCUUGCUAACGUUCCUAUAUACCGGCGAAGAUUGUAACCACGCAAUUAAGUUGUCCGAAGCUGCGGAUGGAAGCCAGGUCUACAGCCCCUGCAAGACUGAGCAGCACGCCGCAUGCUGCGACCCGCUGGUGGAAGACUUGAGCCCAGAAAUCAAUCCUACUUGUGUGCUCCCUGAAUCAAGGUGA